UAAAGGCCCUGGGUCAGCACGGCAGCUGCGGUGGGGGGGGGGUCCCCGUUACCCCUCUCGCCGCCAUGCUGCUGGGCGCCUUCACGACGCUGCUGGGGGCGCUGCUAGUGCUGAGCCGCAGCCCGAUGCUCUCCUGCCUGCUCACGGGCGGCCUCUACCUGGCGCUGCGGCUCUUCAGCCUCGAGCCGGUCCCCCUGCAGCGGGCCCAGCACAUUGUGCAGCCCCGCGGCACCGCCGCCCGCAUCGCCCACCGCGGCGGCGGGCACGACGCGCCCGAGAACACGCUGGCGGCCAUCAGACAGGCAGCUGAGAAUGGAGCCACAGGCGUGGAGCUGGACCUUGAAUUCACUGCAGAUGGCAUUCCCAUUCUAAUGCAUGAUGAUACAGUAGAAAGGACAACUGAUGGGUCUGGGAGUUUACGUGAUUUUACGUUUGAAGAAAUUAGGAAGCUUAAUCCAGCUGCAAAACAUAGACUAUGGAGAGAUUUCCGGGGUGAAAAAGUACCAACUUUGAAGGAAGCUGUUAUGGAAUGUAUGUGUUAUAACCUCAUAAUCUACUUCGAUGUCAAAGGCCAUGCAAAUCAGGCAGUUGAUGCCCUAAAACUCCUCUAUCUGGAAUAUCCUCGUUUGUACAACAGUAGCAUUGUCUGCUCUUUCAUACCAGAGAUCAUCUAUAAGAUGCGGCAAUCUGAUAGGAAUGUUGUUACAGCAUUAACACACAGGCCCUGGAGCCUUAGUCAUUUUGGAGAUGGGAAGCCUCGUUUUGAUUGCUUUUGGAAGCACUAUGGGUAUAUGAUGAUGGACAUCAUUCUGGACUGGAGCCUGCACAACUUCUUGUGGUACCUGUGUGGGGUUUCAGCUUUCCUCAUGCAGAAAAAUUACAUUUCAGAAGAGUAUGUGAGGCAGUGGUCUUCACGAGGAGUUCAAGUGGUUGGCUGGACAGUGAACACAUUUACAGAAAAAAUGUACUAUGAGAACGUCCUUGAGACCAGCUACAUCACAGACAGUUUGGUGGAGGACUGUGAUCCUCACUAUUAGACUUACACUAUAUGGGACUCUUAAAUAUGCCAUCCUGGUUCAUGCAGAUCUGAGUUCAGCACCAAAGGGUCCAAAGAUGCAGAAUGAGGCUGCAAACAUAAGUUGGGUUUUUUUGCUUGUACUGUAUGAUUGGAUCUUAAAUCACAGCAAACCCCUCUGUCACACUACUAGGCCGAGCCACAAUCAGCAUUAGUGCUGAGGAGAAAUGUUGUGUGCCUCUGCUAUCAGAGGAAAUUGCUGUAUGAUCUAAAAUGAUCAGUUGUGAUCAUCUGAUUUGGUAACUAGUAGUACAGACAGGUGGCUUAUAUGUCAUCUGAUCAAACUGUUUCUUUACUUGAUUUAACCCUUGAUUUUAAGUCAGCAGCAGCUUUUGAAUGCCUAAUUUUAAACUGUACAUUAAACAAUCUGUUCCUCAAAUAAUAGUGUAGGGUACCUCUACCUCAAUGUUAAAGAGCGGAUGGUAGGUGUAUUCCCAUACCAUAACUUUGAAUACGAUAUGGUCAGUUAAUAUUAGAGAGUGAAUAUACUUCACUGCUACAGGCUGGAAAGGAUGGAUAUUCUGUACUCUUACGGUAUGAAGAGACUAUAGCUGUCUCUGGUUUGGGCAAAUACUGCACUAAAACCUUGAUGGCUGGUGGGUAAACUUGAAUAUCUCCUUUUACUUCAGUCUUAAACCUGACUUUAAAAAGGGGUGAGGGAGGCUAGAAAGGUUCUUCCUCCUGAUGAUACUGUAGCUGAAUCAUUCUUCAUAAACACAGGCUGUGGAGCUGCUGUUAGCCAGAGGCUAAGCAGUAGCUGAAAUUUUUUUUUUUUGAGUAGUUGUUGCUGCUAAACUGUUUGCACAGAUAAAUGGAUAGAAGGGCUCUGUGACAGGGUUCUGUCACGACUCUUGGCACCAAGAGGGAUAGCUCAGUGGUUUGAGCAUUGGCCUGCUAAACCCAGGGUUGUGAGUUCAAUCCUUGAGGGGGCCAUUUGGGGAUUGGUCCUGCUUUGAGCAAGGGGUUGGACUAGAUGAUCUCCUGAGGUCCCUUCCAACCCUAAUAAUCUGUGAUCUCCUGGCCAUCCUGGGAUUAGCUCUGCCAGGUGCUGCACCCUCCUCCCAUUCUCUUUACCCAUCUUCUCUCAGCCUGCAGCAUCUGUCUCUUGGAGCAGCAGCUUCUGGUUUUAGGCUUGGCCCUCCGGCCAGGUCACUAAGUUCCUCUCUUUCCAGGGAAAUCGCAGUCCUUUCAGAUCAGCUGUCUGUCUGUCUGUCUCUCCAACAUCCUGUGUCACUAUCUGGUGACUGGUAGGGGAACCCAGGCUCGCCCGGUACACUGGGUUCGAGCCCAGGGACCCUAUAACAUGCAGCCAAGGCCUGUACUAUCCUAUCCCUUGCUGCUGUUUCCCUGGGCUUCUUCCUACAACCCUUCUCACAGGAAUACUGCAGACUACCUCCCUGCAGCCCCUUCUACUUUCAGCUCCUGGGCUUUAUAGGUGCCCCUCCUGUUCCUAUACAGCUGGGCCUGGUUUAAUCAACACCUGCUCCUUAGCUCCUCCUGCAGCUGUAGCCUGGGGAGUUAAUGGGCCUGCCUGGCCCUCUUAACCCCUUCCAAUCCUGUGUGGGGUGGACAUCUUUUUAGGUACCACCUUCAUCCCUAGGCAUAACACUGCUGUGGCUGGCCUCUUGGCCCUGGUACCUCCCUUUCAAUCUCAGUCCCUGCAGCCUCUACUAAUUUCUUCCCAGAGGAGUUUGAACAAAUACAGCUGCUGUUCAGCCAGCUGUGUCAGAUAGUCUUUCAGGUACCAAUGUGCCUCCCACUGUCCCUGUGGGUUCUCCAGCACUUGCCUCUGCAGGACCUGGAUUCAUCCCUGCUGUUUGUCAGUCCCCUUCUGCAGGGGUAGUGACUCUAGAGUCCAGCCUGGGAGGUUACAAGGGCUCUCUGUAAAAAAGCCUUCUGCAUACUGAAGCUCCAUUGUGUCUGCCUGUUUUUCUGCUAUGGCUCUCCACGCCCCCUUGUAUGGGGGUAAACACUUUAUGCAUUCCUUUACAGUCCACUACAGUAUCUCAGCCUCCGCCUGUAUGUGGGUCAUUUGUUGCACAGUCUUUGUCACAGGGCCUUGUAUCAGGGGCGAUUCUUUGCCCAGCCCCUUGUGAUGGAGUUCCUUCACCACUCGUGGCCAUUCUGGGGAUUAGUUCUGCCAGGUGCUGCAACCUCUGUAGCGUUCUUUCUACCCGUCUUCUCCAGUCUGUAGCCUCUCUUACUCUGAGUGGCAGCUUCCAGUUUGUGGCUUGGCCCUGCAGCCAGGUCACUAAGUUCCUCCCCUUCCGUGGAAAUCACAGUUCUUCUGGACCAGCUGUCCAGCUGACAGCUCCAAUGCCCUGUGGCAGGUAGGUGAACCCAAGCCUGCCCUCUACACUGGGUUCCAGCCUAGGAACCCUAAUAACAUGCAGUCAAGGCCUGUAUCGUCCUAGCCCUUGCUGCUGUUUCCAUGGGCUUCUUCCUACUUAUCUGGGUUCACACUUUUGUAAAAAUCAAAGUGGUUUAGACUUGUAAUAAACAAGUCGGAUAGUUCAGGACUAGUUUUAUAAUGUGGCAGGUAUGCAUCAUCUAUUAUGAGUAGCAUCCAUAAGAGUAGGUUUGAUUCUUUUCCUAAUGGAUCAAGACCUACGUUAAUGUUGUUCUUAUUAUGAAUACCACUAAAUGAUCAAACUGUUGUAGCUGUACCCUGGGUGGGACCUGUUGCUAGAGGUGAGAUGUCAUGAAGGGCACAGCUCUGCAAGAAAGAUGUGUGGGGAUAGAACUACUGUAAAAUAAGGGUGGUCUGAUUUAAAUUAGUGAGAGCACAGUGAAAAUUAACCAAGUGUCAGUUUUAUACCUUGCCUCUAGAACAAAAUGUCACUUCCAUGUCAUUUAAAAGUAGAGAGACUUAAAACCAA